UUAUUUAAACCAUGCUACUUCAAUAUUUAUGAAGAAUAGAGCAAUAUAAUAUAUAAUUAAAAAUUCAUAAUUCUCAUUGCAUGUGAAAUCAAAGUCGAUUAUUUCUCAAAAUUGCUCGCGAUAGCAUUCUUUAAAUUAUUCCGCAAAACAUAUGACCAAAGAUAAUCAAGAUUCCCAAGAUCCGGAAAUGAUAUUAAAUAAGCUGGAACCAUUUUUAGGAGCGAGCGGUAACAUUAAAGACGUCGAAUCGAUAUCCGAAUUACACGGGUUAAUGAAAUACGGAUUCGACAAGCUAGUUUACAAAUGCAUGAUUAUAAACGUUCUUAACGCCACCGAUUCUGAAGACAUAUUAAACAGUUUCGUGCAUCACGGAGAUUGCUGGAAUAUUCUGAAUAAUUGGCUCAAGUCGGCUAAGGAAAAGAACAAUGGACCCUUUAUGCUGGAACUGCUCACCCUUCUAAACAAAUUACCAGUGUCCAUACCUUUGCUCAAGACCAACGAUACGGCUAAAUUUAUCAAACAGCUCGUCAAGGUGGAAUGGACCGGAAACGAAAAAGCACUCAUUAAAUCAUUAGCCAGUGGAAUAGUAACAAACUGGAUGAAUCUGAUACAGGAAACGAAAGUUAAAUCUGAAAAUAGCCUCAGCCCUUCCUCUCGCAUAACGCUCCUCACAAAAAGCUCGAGCGAGGAGACUCGUAAUCUAAAAUCACAUGAUUCUAAUGCGGAUGAGAUCGAGACCAAAAAAGGGAAAAUCGAGAACGAGAAAAUCGAUACCGUCGUUUCCGAUAAACAAGAGACUAAGGAACGGAAGCGGAAAACGGCGAAAACAUUUCAAGCGAAAUUCAGGACAACUGGUAUCGAAGAAGCGUUAGACAAUAAAAUUUCCCUAAACGCCAAAUCCAAUAAUAAAUUGUUGCCGUCCAAAAGAAACUCGGACCCCUUGGUUACUGCCACCAAAAAACUAAAGCCGUUGAACGAAGACGUUAAACAUUCGCAAUCUAGUACACAUGUCAGCAAUUCCAAAAACGGAAACAUCGCUCAGUCCUCCUCCCACCCACUUCUCAUCGAAAGCACGGGAUUCAUGGACGCUCUGGACGUGGCCGCCGUCACAAAAUCGCGCGAAAAACAACGCAAAACUAGCGUCACUUCUCUUAAGCCUUUCCUUAAUCGAGACGAUGUGCAAACAAUUCCCAAGACUCUAAAAUCCGGGACCGAUAUGGAUGAAUUGACCCUUAACACAGCCGAAUUGUCCUUUUACAAAGAUGUUCCACUGCAAACUUUUAGCCAAAUCCUCUCAGAUGAUAACGCAAAUCUAGUAAAAAUGGAUGAGAGUUCCACAGCCAUAAGUGUCUUUGAUCCUGACGCAGAAAAUACUCUUUCUAAUCCCGGCUCUGGACAUUCAAACGAGGGUCGUGUUAAAGGCAUCACUAAGGGAAUUCUUUUUUCCGCUCGCGACAUUUCCGGCGACGGGACCCGCUCUGCCAAAAAGAACGUUAAAUGGAAACCGGAACCCGAAAUCCAAAGUUUUUAUUACUUCGAGUCCGACGAAUCGGAAAGAGGUUACUUUUGCCCAGAUCAACAAACCCCCAGCGAUGACACCGACCAUACUGCUUUCGCUCGUCUAAAACGCAACGAAUUGGCUUUAGAACGUAGGGCCAUGCUUGACCAUAAACGCAAAAUAAUUGGUCCCACUUUAGAAACCAUCCCUUGGCGGAUGCCACAACUUAUAAGCGGUAUUACCCCGCUCUUGGCCUGCCCCGGAACAAAUAGCCGAGAAAGAAGAUUGGCACAAUUUGAACAAGCUUCGGAUGACCCUUCUCCCGCCGACUUAAUCGCCUCAAAAAUCCUCCAUCUACCUACCCUUAUCCCACUCGAAGAUCCAAACAAUCCCGAUAACAUAAUGGACUACAGAAAUUAUCAGCUGCUUACUAAAAAGACACCGCAUAAUAGGUUUGUCAAUGGUCCACAUCCAACUCUUCAGCCGCUUAACCCUCCCGGAAACAAAGGCAGCCUCCCCACAACAAUUAAUAAAUCUCGGGGCAGCGGCAACAUCAACAUGGAGGGUACAAUUCCUCUCCCCAAUUUUUUGAAUAAUAACAUGGCACACAAUUACAGCUAUCCCUUGCCACAUCUAAACAUGCCGCCUCAUCUUUCCUCUUUCACAUCUCAAAUGGGUUCGAUCGUCCCACAGCAACAGUUAGCUCAACAAUCGAUGCAACAACAACAGUUUGUCAACACUGUAAAUCCACAAGGCGUAUUAGCUCAACAACAUAUGAUCAAUGCCGCCCGUCCUAGUGCUAUGAUAUCGAAUCAAGAUAUGAUGAUAAGUCCUUUACAAAACGCUGGUCUCACCAAUAACCUUGCGUACAUGCAAUUUCAAUCCCUAAACCCAAAUCAGAUGCAAAUGCAUUUACUUCAACGCAUGCAACUUAUGAAAAGACAACAAUUACAGUUUCAGCAUACUGCCACCAAUAAUUCUAACAAAUUGCGGGAAAUUUCCAAAGACGAAAAGACCGUUAAAAAAUCUCGCUCAAACGAAUCUAAUCAUUCCACCCUUCAUCCCAAUCACAAAAAACAGCCUUGCAAAUUUUUCGCUGCUUCUGGGGGUUGUAAAUUCGGGAAAAGUUGCACUUUUAUACAUUCAAAAGAAUAAAGAUUUAGACAAAAAAAAAUUGUAAUAAAUCUAAAGCGGGAGGUGCAUUAUUUAUUGUCCAUGAUUAUUCUUUUUCAAGCGAAUUUGGUUGCAAUGCAUUACAAGUAUUUAAUAGUCAUCUUCUAUUGUCGAAGAAAGAAAACGUAUCCCUGUUUUCAUAAUAGAUCACACACACAUUUGUUA